CCUAUCAUUGUUCAGUAAAAUCUGAAUCUGUUUAAUCCAGAUUAUCAACACUGCAGAGUAAACAAAUCAAAUCAGACUUCAUGGCCUCCAGAGAAAUCAUGGUGUCUGAACUGAGAAUAAUUCUCAUGGGGGACAACAGCUCAGAGAUCAGCAGAGUGGGGAACUUCAUCCUGGGCAGAGAAGCGUUUAAAACAGAAACUCUGCCUUCAGUAAAGCAGCUCAGUGAGAGAGCUGCAGGAAUGGUGGAGGGAAGAUACAUCACCCUCAUCAACGCACCUCACCAACUUAAUCCUAAAGACACACUGGAUCAGAUCACAGAGCAGAUUAGAGAGUGUCUGUAUCUCUGUGCUCCUGGACCUCACAUGUUUCUACUGGUACUGUCCAGAACAUUAAAGAAAGAGGAUCAGGAUAGAAUCAAAAACAGCCUGACCUCAUACAGUCCCUGGUUUAUGAAGUACACUAUUGUUUUAACUCCAGAUGAAGAUGUUAAUUACCGUGCUGCUGCUCAAGCCCAGAAGGGAAGUAAUCCAUCCUUGCAUCUCAUCAUCGGAAAAUCUGAGAGAGAUUGUAAAGUGCAGGUGCUGAGUCUUUUGGAGAAGAUCGAGCAGGUGGUGAAAUCUAACAGUGGAGGAUAUCUGACCUAUGACACUAAUGAACUGCUUAAAAAAGUUAAAAAGAAGCUGCCGAUCAAACGGGAAGAUCUUCCAUCGAAAACCGUAAAACGUGUGAGAAUGGUUCUGCUGGGGAAGAACAGCUCAGAGAUCAGCAGAAUGGGGAACUUCAUCCUGGGAAGAGACGCGUUUGAUACUGAGGCUCCGCCCCCUUCAGUAGAGCAGCACAGUGAGAGAGCUGGAGGAAUGGUGGAGGGAAAAUACAUCACUCUCAUCAACACACCUCACCUGUUCGAUCCUCAGCUCCCCCUGAACACAAUACACAGCAGAGUGAGAGAGUACCUGGCUCUGUGUUCUCCUGGACCUCAUGUUUUUGUACUGGUGCUACAGUCUGAUGGAUGCACAUCGAGGGACAGGGAACAGAUCAGAAUCAUUCUCAACAGUUUCUCUGAUACAGCGUUAAAACACACCACAGUGAUAACACAGAAACAAGGCACUGGCACGGAUCCGCACGAGCUGAAUAAGCUCAUACAAGAGAUUAAGAAAUGCGGAGGCCAGCAUUUUCAGUUAGACACAGGCGGUAAUCCCUCUGAUCUGGUAAAGGCAGUGGAAAAAUUGGUGCAAAAGAAUAAGAAGGGUUAUGUAAAGGACAGUGCAAUGGAAGAGUCAUCUUAUGAGAAAGACCAGAAGAAGCAGACUGGAGGGGUGGUGCACCUGACACCAAGCAUAGCCCCUAAGACCAAAGCACGGUCUGAGAGGCUGAAUCUGGUCCUGUGUGGGAGUAACAGAGUGCUGAAGUUCUCCAUAUCAGAUCUGAUACUGGGUCAGAGAGAGCUUAGAUCAGAGUCCAGAUCAGUGUGUGUGAAAAGGGAAGCAGAAGUAUGUGGACGUCUGAUCACCCUGGUGGAGCUUCCAGCUCUCUACAACUCUCAGCUCUCAGAGGAGGAAGUGAUGCAGGAGACUUUCUGCUGUGUCUCUCUCUGUGAUCCUGGAGUUCAUGCUUUUCUCCUCGUCCUCCCUGAGGGACGUCUCACUGUCGAAGAUAAAGGAGAACUGGAGAAGAUCCAGAACAUAUUUGGAUCAAAAUUCAAUGAUCACACUGUAGUGCUGAUCACUCAGCAUCCUCAAAACAAACCGCUGGAUGGGGCUGUCACGACUGUGAUAAAAGACUUUGGAGAACGGCGGCUGAUCUUUAACUACAGUUCACAGGUUCUAGAGCUGAUUGAGCAUGUUGAAGAGCUUCUUUCAGAGAACAGAGAAAGCUACUACACCACGAAGAUGUAUUAUAGUGCACAAUUCAACAGCCACCUGAAAUACUGGAGAGAAGUUGAUGGGCUGAAAAGAACAAAUUCUAUGCUCAAAAAUAAAGAUUUUCCAAGAACUAUAAGAAUCAUCCUGCUGGGAAGGACUGCAGCUGGAAAGAGCGCGACAGGAAACACCAUAUUAGGUCGAGAAAAUCUGUUCAAGGAGGGAGUAUUUGGAAAAACAGUGACCAAUGUUUGCCAGAAAGAAACAGGUGAAAUCAACGGUAGACAGAUUACUGUAGUUGACACCCCGGGACUGUUUGAUCCAGGCGUUGUAACAGAUAACGCUAGGAAAGAAAUCACUAAUUCCAUCACUAUGGUGACACCAGGUCCACAUGUGUUCCUGCUGGUAGUGCCGAUUGAACGAUACAACCGAGACACCAAUAAAACCACAAAGAAGAUCCUCAACACACUUGGUGAGGACUCUAGAACAUACACCAUGGUGCUGUUCACCAAAGGAGACUUUCUUAGAGAUGACUCCAUUGAACAGUUCAUGGAAAACUCUGGACAAGACACUAAAGACCUCAUCCAAAGAUGUGAAGGCAGGUACCACGUCUUCAACAACAGAAACCAUGGCGACCGAACCCAGGUCACUGCUCUACUGGAGAAGAUUGACUCCAUGGUGGCAGCAAAUGAAGGGAGCUGCUUCACUAAGGAGAUGUUCCAGAAGGUGAUGAAAGAAAAGCAGGAAGAAGAACAGGAUGAAGAUAUGAAGAUAAUGAUGGAGAAUGUUGAAAAACAGAAACAACAGCAGCAGUUAUGGUACCAAAGUCAGAGUGUAAAGCGCAAUCAGCAGCAAGAGGAUCCUCAUAAGAUCAAACAUGAGGAUGAAGAAAUGGAGAUCAUGAUGGAGAAUGUUGAAAAGCAGAAAUAUCAGCAGUGGUUAUGGUACCAGAGACAUAUAAUAAAGCGUGAUGUUCAGCAAGGUGAUUAUGAGAAGAUCAACAGAAAGAAUGCUGCUUCAGGAGGAACAGCAAAUAAUCCACAUAAGGUUUGA